AUGUUAUCCUUAGAAGCUAAUCACAGAAACUUAGGUGAGCAAAGGCCUAUGCUUACUCAAAAGCAAUCUAAUAGCCCUAAAUCCCAACUUCUCCCUAAUUUAGCAUUGAGAAGUAUAGUAGAAGACACUGAGGAGGAAAAUGAAGACGAAAAUAUACUUAGAAAGAGCAAAUACCUUUGUGAACACCCUACUUGCACAAACAAGAGAGAGUAUUACUGUGGGGAUAAUCAUCAUGUCUCCUUCUGCCCCCAAUGCCACAUGUACCACAGAUAUUGUAAAGGAAUCAUCGAAGUCAAAGAUCUGACAGAGAUUCUUGAGGAAUUCAUGAAUGCUUGUAGACUUAUUUGGAAACUCCAAGACUUUUCUAAAAUUAAUGCCUGUUCUAGAUAUCUUUCUGAAAUAGAUGCUACUUUUAAGGACUUUAAUGACAAAAUUUACUUGCUUGAUCAAGAGAUCUAUGAAGCUAUUCUUAAUGAUGACUUUCCAAGAUUUGAAGAGCUUAAGAACAGUGUUGAUAGCAUCGUAUUAGAAGCUGAAGAGAACAGCAUAAUCAGAAGCAUUUGCUUUCACUCCAUCGAGAAUAGAACUAAUUAUGAUCAUUUUGACCAAGAAAGCAUUAAGUUUUCAGACAAUGUUAGGUUAAGAAACAAGGUAGAAAACCUUGUUAAAGAGGAUAAGAAAACCAUAGAGACCAGAUAUAACAUUAAGAAAGAGAGAGAAGUAAAUGCCCAAAUUGCAGGAAUGAAAAAUGAAUUUAACUCCAAAAAGAGAGAACUUAGUAAUGAAUUGAAAGAUAUUCAGCAAGAUAGAGACGAGAUCAAACAGGAGUUUGAAGAGACUAUUGACAGAAUUCUUCCAAAAGUAGAUAUGGAUCUCUCUAAGGAAGAAGGCCAACACAUUUUAGAUCUGUUCUUGAAAUCAUGUUUGAGAUUCCCAGCUGUAAAGAGUCUAAAUAUUAGCAAUGUAUCCGGCCAAGAUCAAUCUUUGAAUACUUACUUCAGCAAUUGAGCUGUAGAAUCUAUUGGGAAUUUCGUUUUUAAUUAUCCAUAUUUAAAUGAUAAGAAAAACUCAAUAAGAUUCAGUUUUUACAGAGAUAAUCUUUUGAAUUCCAUAAGAGUAACUUCUCAUGAAGUAUUUCUUUCAAAUAUGAUCAUUAAGCCUCAAGAUCUUAAUGACUUAGUCAAGGAAGCAGCCAGCUCAAAGAUAUUAAUUAUAAAUCAUUGCAAAGUCGAGACUUCAGAUGCUUUAGAUUUCCAGAUUGAAGGUGACUCAUCACUUGGAUAUUUGAGUUUCUAUAACUGUGGAAACUCUAAAUGGAAUAAUAUGCACUGGGACAAAGAUCCUAGCUCCUUCGGCCAUAUUAUUACAGCUAUCAGGAGAUCACCCUUGAGACUUUCUCUGAAAGAGAUCAAUAUCAAAGGUUGUGGCAUUGAAAAGAGUCAGAUAGACCCACUUAUGGAUGAAAACCUCACUCACAUUAACAUUGUGAACAAAAAUGACAAUCCUUGAAGUUGCUAAAAAUUUCAAAAUUCAA